AUGCACUCAGGGUUCACUCUUGUUAGUUUCAAGGAUGGGGUUACUAGGAACAUUAUUCUUAAAACCGGAGUAAUUCAAUUCGAUAAGAAACCUGUGAUUCUAAGGCCUUGGUCCGAGGAUAUGGAGACAGCCCGGAUGGUCAAAUCGGUCCUUGUGUGGGUGAGAUUAAAUGGCUUGGGACUCCAAUAUUGGGGGAAGAAGAACUUGAGUGCACUUGUUAGCACGAUAGGAAAGUCGAUUAUGGCUGACAAGGUUACUCUUGAGCGGUCUAUGAUCAAGUACGCUAGGGUGUUAGUGGAUGUUGAGAUUAAGGAAGAACCUCUGAGAACUAUUGCUUAUGUAAAUGAGAAGAAGCAACUAAUGGAACAACCUGUUGAAUAUGAGUGGCUGCCUACCAAGUGUACGGCUUGCGAUAUGCUUGGACACUCAAUUUCCAACUGUAACAAAGGGAAGCCGACUGUGUGGAAGAAAAAACAGCAAGGGAAUAAGAUAACUGAUGUUGAACAGGAUGCUAGAAGCAAGGGGAUUCCAACAGAGAAAGUGAAUGGUGCCAAGGAAUCUGAAAAGGUGGAACGGGGAGUCAUUUCUGAGGGUACAGGGGCCGUGAAAAAUACUGUUAUACAAACCAGAAAUGAGCAAUGGGUGACUCCUAAAAGAAAAGGUGCAAAGUCUGUCAUUAGGCCGCAACAAGAAGCAAUCACAAGCAAUGACUAUGAGGCUUUAGAGGAUGCAGAGGGCUGGAAUGUUAGGAGGCUGAAUAAUGCUGAGAAGCAGCGUGAGGUGUUUGAACAUUGUAAGAUAAAUAAGGUGGGUUUUGGGGCUCUUUUUGAGACUAAGAUCCAUCAUGAUAGAGUUAGCAAACUUAUGUCUAAUAAUCCGAAUUGGAAGAUCCAUUCCAGUCAAGAGAUUUCGUUUAGAAUUUUGUUGAUUUGGAUUGACAAGCUUGUUAAAGUGGAUAUUUUGAUGGAAGAUAGGCAACUCAUCCAUUGUAAACUCAAAAUGGUGGGUUACAAGGAGGAGUUUUUUCUCAUUGCGGUCUAUGGAAGUAAUUCAUUAAACGAGAGGAAGGAUCUUUGGAAUAAGCUUACUAGCAUUGGGCACCUAAAUGCUCCUUGGAUUAUACUUGGAGACUUCAAUGCCAUGGGUCAGGUUGAAGAGUUGAAGACUUCUGGCUCCUUUUUUACUUGGUCUAAUAACCACGAGGAGGGCAGUCGAGUGUACUCAAAGUUGGAUAGAGUUUUCACUAAUGAAAGUUGGUUAGAUCACUUCCCGAAUACAGAAGCCAACUUCAGAUGGGGGGCCCUCUUGGAUCACAGUUACUGCCUAAUCAAACACGUCAAGGUUGGUAACCGUGGGACCAAACCUUUCCGGUUUUGCAAUCAUUGGGUGUUUAAAGAGGAUUUCAGAGAUAAUGUUGUCUCUACUUGGAAGAAGCACAUGGUCACAGAUCUGCAUUCGUUACACCAGCAACUGUAUAGGGUGAAACACAUACUGAAAACCUGCUAUGUUAAGAAGAAAGAGGAUAUCACAGGUCAGUACAAUGAAGCCCGAGACAAAUUUAUCGAAGCUCAAGAAGCCUUGGCCAUCAACCCGAAAUGUCAUUCAGCUGUUUUAACUGAAAAAAUGAGUCGUGCGAACUACCAAGAUGCCCAAAAACAGUACUUUAGCUAUUUGCAUCAAAACUCUAAAGCUUGUUGGUUAAAGCUUGGUGAUGAAAACACAAGCUAUUUUCAUGCUAUCAUGAAAAAGAGGAGAGCUGAGAACAAAGUGUUGGGUUUUAUGCCCUAA